AUGUCGACAGUUUAUUACACAUUAAGUAAUACAGUUUUUCGAAAUUUUUUAUUUUAUGCCGUAGCAUCAACUCUUAAAAUGAUGCUUAUGUCAUUAUUAACCGCUAGACAACGAUUUCGAAAAAAUGCAUUUGUUAAUCCUGAAGAUAUAGACACAAGAAAAAUAAAAAAUUUGGUACCAACGACAUCGGAUCCCGAUGUUGAACGUGUUCGUCGUAAUCAUUUAAAUGAUAUUGAAAAUAUAAUACCAUUUGUACUUAUUGGAUUUUGUUAUAUUGCUUGUAAUCCUGAUCCGAAUAUGGCAUUAUGGCAUUUUCGUAUAUUCUUUAUUUCACGAGUUCUUCAUACAUUUUCAUAUCAGAUUCCAUUACCCCAGCCAAGUCGAGCUAUAACUUUUUUUAUUGGUCUUUUUGUUACUAUAUCAAUGGCCAUACAAGUUCUUAUUCGUGUUUAUUAA